AUGCCGCCCAUCAUCAACUUCUUUGGAGACCAAACGCUAUUCAACUGUACAUCAGAACCGCUGCUUCACUCGGACAUUUUGGGUGCACAUCCUGAUCGUGGAAACGACAGUUUCAUGGGCCUAGCAAUAACUACGAACAGGCCGGAACAAGGUACACAAGGAGAAGAGUGGGCCGCAGACGGUGUUGGAAACCAGUUCUUCACCGGUCGUAUUACCGACAAUCACUGGGCAGGCCUCGACCUCGACGCCUCGCUGAUGCAGACAUCCCCGGACAUGCGGGAACAGCUUCCGCAACAGCAGCAGCAAGACCAGGGACUUGCACGCACAUCCCCCCUUUUCAACCGUGGAAAGAACCAGCGCCUCUCCUUUGACAUUGAGCUAUCUCAAAUCAAGAGGGCCAUUAUCAGCUGUGAAGCCUCGGUAAACUGCAAAACGCACGCUGUUGAUCCCAACAUGGCCAUGUUGAUGGGUGUCAUGAUAGGUGGCAUCAUCGAUGGCUUUGAGAAGCUUCUCGCCAACGACGACCCGCCUGCUGCAGAUGACCAGAACUCCCAAAGUUCCUCCUGUACGCCGGUGGCCGCUCAGUCAGCUGAUGGUCAUAUUCAGGUAGCCACUGGGAACGGCGGAAAGCCCAAGAGCGGCGAUCAAGACAGCGCCAUGGCUGAGCCGCGCCUGACCUGGGGUGUACUGCAGCUCGAGGACGAUGAUGAGGCGGAUCUACGGCUCCGGCUGUGUGUUUUGUACUUUCGUCGCCUCGAGGUGCUGCUCAAACACUUUAGCCACUCGGUGCGGUUCUUCCGAGACGGGCAGGAUGAUCAGGCAGCAGGUGUGCGCAGCUCGGCUGCCCAAGUCAUGGCGUGCGACUACAUGCGCAUCUGGUUGGAAGAGAAAGCCGAGACUGUGAGGCUGUGCUUUUCAAAGCGUCACGCACUGUAG